CCUCACCUCUUUCCAACUUCCUUCGUUUUCUUCUUUCUUCUCCGUAGAAAUUUGACCCUUGCAACAUCAAAUGCCGCCAGUUAGUACCUAAAUCUGCAUCUCUCUUUUUCUUUUCUUUUUCUCCAAGUCGCCGUUAGAUUCAUUACAUUGUUCUCUCAAAUCUCAAUUCCUGGAGAUCUGCAGAAAAUGGUAGUUGACUGGACGCAACUCCCGCAAGAACUACUGAAAUCAAUCUCCGACAGCAUCAAGAUCUACGCCGAUUACAUUCAUUUCCGCGCCGUCUGUCACAGCGUCCGAUCCUCCGUUCCUAACACCCCGCGCCACCUCCCUCCUCAGCUCCCAUGGCUCAUGCUACCUAACGCGCAAUCCGACCAAUCGGAUCCCGCAUUCUUAGACCUACAAAGCGCCGGCAAACUCCAUCAUCUCGAGAUCCCAGAGGACGUCUCGCACCACUCUUUCUUUUGCGGCUCGUCCCACGGCUGGCUCGUGCUCCUUUUCCAGUGUCCGGGGGUCCUUCUCUUCAACCCUCUCACUCAAGCCAGCCUCGAACUCCCUCCGUUCUCUGCCCCCUCCAAUGAACAGAGCUUCAACUUCUUAGAUGUCGACAUAAACGACCCGUUGGGCGAGAUGUACAUGCAUACUUUUCGGGGAUUGAUCGUAACGUCUGUAAGGAAAGUCGUUUUCUCCUCGUCCCCACUUAGCAACAACUUCAUCGCGCUGGCGAUUAUCAGCGGAUGCGAUAUUUUAGCGUACUGUAAGAAGGGCGAUCUAACAUGGACUUUGAUACCACGCACGAUGUUUUGCUGCGAGGACGUUAUAUAUUUCAACGACCUAUUCCACGUGGUUGACAAGCACGGCGCGCUUGCUGUGUGUGAUGUAAACGGCGCGUCGCCGAUUGUUUCCUUUAUCAAUCCGCCGUUACUGAUGGGCGGCGACACGCAUUAUUUGGUAAAUUCAGGGGACGACGAGUUGUUGUUGGUGACGCGGUAUGUGGAUAUGCAAUACGGCGACGUUGACACUAACGAGGUCGUGUCCUACAAAACGCUGCGGUUUGAGGUUUUCAGAAUGAAUUGGGGCGAGCCACGGUGGGAGACAGUUACAAGCUUGGGUGAUCGGAUGUUGUUUAUUGGGGAAAACUCAUCGGUGUCGUUUUUGGCUUCUGAUUUUAGGGGAUGUUCAGGGAAUUGUAUCUAUUUCACGGAUGAUAGUGAUUUCAAAUAUUAUCGUGUUCAUGGAGACUAUGAUUUGGGUAUAUUCAAGUUGUUGGAUGGGAGCAUUGAAAAGUUACCUUCUUGCCAGCGAAAUCCGGAUUCUAAGAAUUGUUGGCCUCCAACUUGGGUUACACCAAAUCCGUGCUAAUAUUAUACCUUGAAUGUAAGUGCGAGGAGCCCUUGGGUGAUCUGUUAUUCCUGAAAUUACUUUGUUUAUAUAAAAUCUGACUAUAUGUUGACUUUCUUCAUGGGAGAAGAUUUCUCAGUAUAAUAUAUAUCAUAUCUCAUAAUUAUCUCA